AAUUUCAACGUGCAUAACUAGCCGAGUCAGUGGACCAAGUGAAACUCACUCACACAAACAUUGACUCAGUAACUCGCUCUCGCUUCUGUUAAACAUUAUUUAAAUUAAAAUCACCGCCUUCUUCUUCAUCACACCAUCGCCUUAAUUUGACAGUUUAGAGAGAGAGAGAAAUUAUUCUUGAGAGAGAAAGUGAAGAAAACUAAUGGCCGGAGUUAAUCAAAACGGCGUCGCCGAGUUCCCGGCGGUUCAGACUCACGGUGGACAGUUCGUUCAAUACAACGUUUUCGGUAAUCUCUUUGAAGUUACUGCUAAGUAUCGUCCUCCGAUCAUGCCGAUUGGUCGCGGCGCUUACGGAAUCGUUUGUUCGCUCUUGAACACGGAGACGAAUGAGUUGGUUGCUGUUAAGAAAAUAGCGAAUGCUUUCGAUAAUCACAUGGAUGCGAAGCGUACGCUGCGUGAGAUUAAGCUUCUUAGGCAUUUAGAUCAUGAAAAUGUCAUUGGUUUAAGAGAUGUUAUUCCUCCACCCUUGCGUAGAGAGUUUAAUGAUGUCUACAUAACCACCGAACUCAUGGAUACUGAUCUUCAUCAAAUCAUUCGCUCCAAUCAAAAUCUGUCAGAUGAACACUGUCAGUACUUUUUGUAUCAGAUUCUUCGUGGACUGAGGUAUAUACAUUCUGCAAACAUUAUCCAUAGAGAUUUGAAGCCAAGCAAUCUGUUGCUGAAUGCAAAUUGCGACUUGAAGAUUAUUGAUUUUGGUCUUGCGCGGCCAACUAUGGAAAAUGACUUCAUGACAGAAUAUGUAGUCACAAGAUGGUAUAGAGCUCCUGAAUUGUUGUUGAACUCCUCAGAUUACACCUCUGCCAUAGAUGUUUGGUCUGUUGGUUGUAUCUUCAUGGAGCUUAUGAAUAAAAAACCUCUAUUUCCUGGCAAAGACCAUGUGCAUCAGAUGCGCUUAUUGACAGAGCUUCUUGGCACUCCAACUGACGCUGAUGUCGGGUUAGUGAAAAAUGAAGAUGCAAGAAGAUAUAUCCGACAACUUCCUCAAUAUCCUCGCCAACCUUUAAAUAGGGUUUUCCCCCAUGUUCAUCCCUUGGCCAUCGAUCUCAUCGAUAAAAUGUUGACAAUUGAUCCCACUAGAAGAAUCACAGUUGAAGAAGCACUAGCCCAUCCAUACCUUGAAAAACUACACGAUGUAGCUGAUGAACCCAUCUGCAUGGAACCAUUCUCAUUUGAGUUUGAACAACAGCAUUUGGACGAAGAGCAAAUAAAGGAGAUGAUCUACAGGGAGGCAUUAGCACUCAAUCCUGAGUACGCUUAAACCGGAACAAUAGAAGAAAUAUUAAGUUAAUAAGCAAAAAUAAAUUCAUUUUCAAUUUUUUCAUCAAAUUCCCAGCAAUGCAAAUUUGCAAGAAGGAAAGGAUUAAGUUGAAUGAGAAAUCUUUUGCCAGCUAAAACCCUUUAGGUGAGUUCAAUCUGUGUGACUAGUUAGGUGCAAUUAUAGCUGUGUACCAACGAGUACCCUGCCUUAUGUUGUAAAGUGUAAUUUAAUGAUAUUAAAUUAAUUCGUAUAAUUUUUUUGACCCUGUUUUGUUGGGUUUGUAUUUUUUUCUCGUCUGUUUUUUUUUGGUUUACUAAGGACUCAGCAUGUAAUCUGUUUAAGUUAAUUUGCAUUGUUGUAACUUGCUACCAUGAUUUAUAGCUUUUUCCUGCUAUAUUAUCCGUAUAGUGGAUGUGAAUUCAGUAAACACAACUUUUUAGAUAAGCAA